AACGGAUCGAUAAAUGGGAGGGAAUGGAGUGAUUCGUGGACUACGGAUAUGACUAUUCCUUAACAGCAAUGAUAAGAGAAAUGACACGAAAUUCGUUUCCAUUAUCAGAAUAGCACUACAUUUUCGGUGAUUGUCUGCUCCAUACAUAUACUCGUAUAGUGUUUGUCUGUAAAUCAUAUUGUAUUUGAAAACAUAUGUGAAUUACAAAAAUGUGUGACUCUUUGGUAGAAGAGGAUGAAGGCUUCCUCUAUGAAGAGGACAAAAUGGGAAUGACUAUCACAUCGGGGAGUGUUGUCAUUAAGAAAGAUGAGAGCAAUUUAAUCGGCAUUAGUAUUGGUGGCGGUGCUCCUCACUGUCCCUGUCUUUAUGUGGUUCAGGUGUUUGACAACACCCCGGCCUCCAGAGAGGGUACUCUACAGUCGGGCGACGAAAUAGUCGGAGUAAACGGCACUUCAGUGAAGGGCAGCACUAAAGUAGAGGUCGCGAAACUGAUCCAAUCGGUCAAAGAGGAGGUGAUUAUCAAUUAUAAUAAACUGCACGCCGACCCAAAACAGGGAAAGUCGUUGGAUAUUGUUCUCAAGAAAAUGAAACAUAAAAUGGUUGAGAAUAUGAGUACCACGACCGCCGAUGCCCUCGGACUCAGUCGAGCCAUACUUUGCAACGACAAUUUGCAAAUAUUAAUAAUUGCUAAAUUGAUAGCUUUUGGGGACAUAUUCGCUGAGAUAGGAGUCCGUGAGCCUCAGCCACAGGCGAGUGAAGCCUUCUCUAAGUUUGGAGAAACGCAUCGCUCUAUAGAGAAGUCCGGCUCAACCAUGUUGUCGGCUAUUAAACCAAUGUUAAGCGAUUUGAAUACAUUUUUAAAUAAAGCGAUUCCGGACACUAAGCUAACCAUCAAGAAGUAUGCGGACGUUAAGUUUGAAUAUUUGUCAUACUGUUUGAAAGUGAAGGAAAUGGAUGACGAGGAAUACACUUAUCAGGCACUACAGGAACCGCUAUAUAGAGUGGAAACCGGAAACUAUGAGUACCGGCUUAUACUCCGGUGUAGACAAGACGCCAGAUCUAGGUUUGCAAAACUGAGAUCAGAUGUGAUGGUCAAACUGGAGCUAUUGGAUCAAAAGCACGUUCAAGACAUCGUCGCUCAGUUGCAAAGACUUAUAUCUUCGCUCUCGAGCUUUCAUAACGAAUGCCAUUCUCUGCUGAAAAAUAACACUAUAUUUCCCAUUGAACUCGAUUUAUCCAAAACGUGUACUUUUCAAUACCCCGACCCUUUGGUCAGUCCAUAUCAGGACGAGCCCGACGAUGACCCCGAAGACGAGGGACUCCCGGGUUUGGUGGAGGCGCUCGAAGCCAAGCCCUCCCACCCUCUCAUUGAGGGCUUUGAAUCGUUGCAAACCACCAGUCAUUCAGCGGUCGCCCCCAAGACCACGGAAGAAGAUCUCUUGAAUAUAUUUAAUUAAAUUAUCUUUUUCUCCAAUA